AUGUCUUCCUCUUCCCUCUGCCGUCGCCUACAUGGUCUCUUCAACCAUUCUCGUUCCUCUGCACCCAGAUUCAACAAGCCCAACCCCUCGCCUCCUUCUUCAGCUACCAAAAAAUCCACCACCGAUUCUGCCUCCGCCGCAACUCCUCUCACCACCGAACAACGUCUUCAAAAGCUCGUGAAAAACAUCAUAAAGAGGUCCGAGUCCCACCGCUUCCGCCGCAGGCACGGUUUCUAUCAUUCUAUAGUUUGUCGUCUUGCUGCCCAUAAUAAAUACUCCAUGAUUGAGGAGAUUAUAGAAGCUCAAAAGAAGUAUGAGGACAUUAAAGACGAAGGGUUCGCGAUGCGCCUCAUUAUGCUCUAUGGGAAAGCGGGGAUGUUCUCUUAUGCACGCAAGUUGUUCGAUGAAUUGCCUGAACUGAAUUGCGAGCGAACUGUGAAGUCUUUUAAUGCCCUUUUGGCGUCCUGUGUUAAUUCCAAGGAAUAUGAUCAGGCUGAAACAAUUUUUCGGGAGGUAACACAGGAAGUUUCCAUUGAAGCUAAUGUGAUCUCGUAUAACAUUGUAAUCAAUGCAUGCUGCAAGAUGGACGCUUUCGAUAAAGCCAUCUUGUUCUUCAAUGCCACGGAGAAGGAUGGAAUAGAGCCAAAUUUGAUUACAUUCAAUACGCUCUUAACUGCAUUCUAUAGAAAGGGUCAGUUCUUAGAUGGAGAAAGCAUGUGGGCUAUGAUGGGGAACAAGAAUAUUGCUCCUGAUAUCAUAAGUUACAAUGCCAGGUUGCAAGGAAUGGUUCUGGAGAAGAGAAUUCAAGAAGGGAUCGAGUUGUUAGCUGAAAUGGAGGAGAAGAAAAUCAAGCCAGAUGUGUAUAGUUACAAUGCUCUGAUUAAAGGUUUUUGUGAAGAUGGGGAUUUGGAGGAAGCCAAAAAAUGGUAUAACAAACUGAAGGAGAAUGAAGUUACUCCAAAUGGAUCGACUUGUAGGGCACUUCUCCCCCUCCUUUGCGAGCAGGGUGAUUUUGAUUUUGGACUUCAACUAUGCAAAGAGGCCAUUGAUAAUCGAUUAGUUAUUAAUGUGGUAGAAGUGCAGCGUGUGGUUGAUGGUUUGGUUGAAGUUUCCAAGGUUGAAGAAGCAAAGGACUUUGUUGAGCUCUGCAAUUCAAACAAUUAUUUAAAUUUCAAAUUGGAAUGGCCUCAGACGAGCACUGAAAGAUAG